AACACGAUGACGUAGGCGGAAGCAGCUCGGCGAGAGACACGACCUGAAGAAAUGUCCGUCUUCCCACGGGUCUCCCUCCGACCUGAGGUCUACGAACAUCUGAGACACGUCUUCCUGAACCAGGAGCUGCUGGCCGCCGUCGGCCGGGCCGAGGCGGAGCGGCGCUUCCAGGGGCUGCUGCUGGUGCUGUCUCACCCCCCGGGGUUCACCUGCGUCCGGGCCAGCACCCACCUGGCCCCGCUGGAGGAGGUCCGCCGCCGGCUGGCCCAGGAGCUGCAGCAGCGGCAGCAGACUACGGUUGCCGUGGAGAUUCUCUUGCAUCCCCGGGUUCCAGAUGUGCUGCUUCUGCCGGUCAUCGGGCCCAGGUCCCUGGUCCCGCUGAGGUCAGAGGUCGUGGUGGGGGCCCAGUGUGGCUCCGCCGUGUUGAGGGGUGCAAACGUCUUCGCCCCGGGGAUCGUGGCCACGCCCAAGUUCAUGAAGCCGGGCGACGCGGUGUCGGUGUUCUCCGACGUGGACGGCCGCUGCACCCGGGGGUGCACCAAGCCCUUCCAGGGCAACAAGGUGUUUGUGGGUAAUGGAGUCUCCGAGAUGCACCGCGCCACCAUCUUCGCCCAGGAACCCGCCAAGGGGUUGGGGGUCCGCAUGACGGAGCCGCUCUACCAGAGCCCCUCCUUCGAUGGGGUCCUGCCCGACCUGGUCUUCCUGCAGAACCUCCCCUCGGUGGUGGUGGGUCAUGUGUUGGGGCCACGCCCUGGGGAGCGCGUCCUGGACAUGUGUGCUGCCCCGGGGGGGAAGACCUGCCACCUGGCCGGGCUCAUGAAGAACCAGGGGGAGGUGCUGGCUCUGGACCGCAUCAGGAACAAGGUGGAGCUGAUCCGUCAGAACGCGGCGGCGCUGAAGCUGACGUGCGUCCGGGCCUUCUGCUUCAACAGCACCCAGGCCGUGACCUCCGACCCCGCCCUGCUGGCCACUGACGGCCCUCCGUUCCCUCCCUCCUCCUUCGACCGGGUCCUUCUGGACGCCCCCUGCUCUGGUCUGGGCCAGAGACCCAGCAUGACGGUGGGCUGGACCCUGAAGGAGAUCACCUCCUACAGCCCGCUGCAGCGCAAGCUGCUCCACGCGGCGGUGCAGCUGCUGCGGCCGGGCGGGGUCCUGGUCUACAGCACCUGUACCGUGACUCUGGCGGAGAACGAGGAGCAGGUGGCCUGGGCCCUGCAAACCUACCCCUGUCUGAGCCUGGUACCCCAGGAGCCCCACGUCGGGGGCCCGGGGCUGCCAGGCGCCGGUCUGACCCCUGAUCAGCUGAAGCUCCUCCAGAGGUUCAGUCCAGAGCUGAGCCACGUGGCUCCUCCCCUCUCCACUGAGGCCCCUCCUCCCCUCUCCAAUGAGGCUCCUCCCCUCUCUACAGAGGCCCCUCCUCCCCUCUCCAAUGAGGCUCCUCCCCUCUCCACAGAGGCCCCUCCCCUCUCCCACCAGGCUGACCGUGACACUAUCGGUUUCUUCAUCGCCAAGUUCCUGAAGAACUGAGCGGUUCUCCUGGACCAGAGAGCUGAGCUGGGUUCUCCUGAAGGUUCUCCUGGACCAGAGAGCUGAUCUGGGUUCUGCUGAACGUUCUCCUGGACCAGAGAGCUGAGCUGGGUUCUUCUGAAGGUUCUCCUGGACCAGAGAGCUGAGCUGGGUUCUUCUGAAGGUUCUCCUGGACCAGAGAGCUGAGCUGGGUUCUUCUGAAGGUUCUCCUGGACCAGAGAGCUGAGCUGGGUUCUUCUGAAGGUUCUCCUGGACCAGAGAGCUGAUCUGGGUUCUCCUGAACAUUCUCCUGAACCAGAGAGCAGAUCUGGGUUCUUCUGAACGUUCUCCUGGACCAGAGAGCUGAGCUGGGUUCUCCUGAACCAGAGAGCUGAUCUGGGUUCUCCUGGACCAGAGAGCUGAGCUGGGUUCUCCUGGACCAGAGAGCUGAUCUGGGUUCUCCUGGACCAGAGCGCUGAUCUGGAUACAUCUGAACGUUCUCCUGGCUUAAGUUAUAGGGUUUGGUUUUUGGGUUAGAGUUUUCUAUUAGGGGUUAAGGUUCUAGGGUUAGUUUUUUUUGUUCAAUGGUUGGGUUACAGCUAAGGGUUUGAAUCUAGGAUUAGGGUUUUGGUUCUGAAGUUAGGGUUUCAUAUCUGCUUCCAGGGUAAGGGUUUCUAAGGUUAGGGUAAGGAUAAGGUGACCUAUUAAAAUUCAUGUUCUAGGGUUUCCUAUUAGGGCUGUGGUUUCAGGGUUAAGGUUCCGGGGUUAGACAUUAGGGUUAGGUUCCUUGCAGGGGUUUUGGACUAGGAUUCAGAGGUUAUACUUGACUUUACAAUUCACACGAUGUAGAAACAAGAACUCUCACUAUGGUUCACUCGUAACCAGCAGCAGCAGGACUUGAACCCCGGUCUCCGGUGGAUUAACCCACGGUGCGCCCCAGUACUCCACGGGGACGGAACAGGAGACAACAACUGAGGUUAUCGAUGACAUUACAAUUCAGAUGACAUCUCUCGUUUCAAGAUUACAUUCACACACCGACGGCGAUGUCAAUACUCGACACUGAGCUAGGAGGAGCCGGGGAUCGAACCAGCGACCUUCCGGUCACCAGCCAACCCGCUCUACCUCCUGAGCCCCAUACAUCUGCGUUGAUGGGUUCAGAGGUCAACCUGAGGUUUCCACGGAGACGCCCCUCACCAGGACUUGAACCCAGCGCCAUCUUCGGCAGCGAGGAAGACCAGUCCCUCGCUCACUACAGAGCCAACCCACUAAAGAGGUCAGAGGUCAAAUGCCUCAACAACUGGGGGGGAAAAAAAGAAUGUUUAAAUUUUGUAUCUCCCUUUUAUAUAUUUAUUUAUAUCAUACAUGAGUAUUCGGACAACGUAUCAAUGUCCAUUUUAUUUGCUGGUGUUUAGGCCUACACAACCAUUCUCAGAACCAGAGGAUUUAUGUAUGAUGUUUGUUUGCCAACCGCUGUUCUAUUGAAGACACCUAUUAAAGUGUAUUCCUCCCUCUGGCCAUCCGAAACUCUGAUGCACUGUUCAUUCAAAAGUAAUCUUAAAUCUCUUCAGGACUACCUACAACAUUUGACAAAUCAUCCUCCGCCAUCUUCCACUCUCUCCCGCUCUCUUAAUGUGUUGCCUAUUGUUGUGGUGUUGUUUAUUUUUUCCCUUUUGUUUGAGUGUCUGUACUGUCUGUAUGUAUUCCUUUCUUAUUUGUGAAGCGUCUUUGAGUAUUUAGAAAAGCGCUAUAAAAAACGGAUCAAUUAUUAUUAUUAUUAAAAUUGGCCCAGGGCCAAUCUUACUUGCCGAGCCCUGGUCUACGGGCUGUCUGCACUACCAAGUGUCUCUUUGUUUUUCUCUGUCUGAGCUUUUGGACAUCAGAGCUCUCUGUCUGACUCCACAUUACUGAGUGCAGUCAUGGGACAGCAGCCUAUAGGAGGCUAGUCUUAGAGGAGUACAAGCAGGGAGGGGAAGUGGUCCAACUGGUUGGUUCACAGCAACAUUACCUUGUUAUGAGUCGGACGGUUUGCUGUGACUCACUUCAUUAAAGCAGGAAGAAGACUAAGGUACUGUACACAACUCCCUGAUCUAUCAUAACUGCUAUCACUUAUAUAUCAUCAAUAGAAAGAUUGUUAUUUUUAUGUAAACACGUACUGCUAAACAUUAUUAUUAAAUAUGUCAGGUUCAUAAACAAAUCUUAAAACUGAA